UCACUCUCUGCGGCGCUGAAGCCGCGGCCAGAACCCGGAAGUUUCCUGCGGUCAGUGCGUGCGCCCUGUCGUCUGGGAAGAUGGCGGCGCUCAGGGUUCUGGGCAGACUGCGGGCACCUUCAGAGGCUUUGGCCGGCGGCUGGCUGAGGGCGGCCCAGCCUGUCAGGGAGAAGCAAUGGCAGCCCGACGUGGAGUUUAUGCAGCAGUUCAAUGGUGCUGUGAUGUACCCAGAUGCCACCACAGCGAAAUGGGUGCCCGCCCCAUGGCACGACAAAGACCCGCCGGCACAUAGGGAUGUGUCCAAUCUCACCAUUAAUUUUGGACCCCAGCACCCUGCUGCUCACGGUGUCCUACGGUUAGUCAUGGAGCUGAGCGGUGAGUCCGUGAAGAAGUGCGAUCCACACGUCGGACUCCUUCACCGCGGCACGGAGAAGCUUAUCGAGUACAAGACCUACCUGCAGGCAUUGCCCUACUUUGACCGCCUAGACUACGUCUCCAUGAUGUGCAAUGAACAGGCUUAUUCUCUGGCUGUGGAGAAGCUUCUGAACAUCCGCCCCCCAAUCAGAGCUCAGUGGAUCAGAGUGCUGUUUGCAGAGAUCACACGCCUCAUGAACCACAUCAUGGCAGUCGCUUGCCACGCACUGGAUAUCGGAGCCAUGACGCCGUUCUUCUGGCUGUUCGAGGAGCGAGAGAAGAUGUUUGAGUUUUACGAGAGAGUGUCCGGUGCCCGCAUGCACGCGGCCUAUGUCCGACCAGGAGGCGUGCACCAGGACAUGCCGUUAGGCCUGAUGGACGAUAUCUACCAGUUUAUAAAGAACUUCUCUCUCCGCAUCGAUGAGCUGGAGGAGAUGCUGACCAACAACCGGAUCUGGAAGAACCGGACCGUGGAUAUUGGCGUGGUCUCAGCUGAAGAAGCCUUGAACUACGGAUUUAGUGGGGUGAUGCUCCGGGGAUCCGGGAUCCAGUGGGACCUGCGGAAGUCUCAGCCGUACGAUGUGUACGAUCAGGUGGAAUUCGAUGUCCCCAUUGGCUCUAAGGGAGAUUGUUAUGACAGGUACCUGUGCCGGGUGGAGGAGAUGCGCCAAUCCUUGCGGAUCAUCCUCCAGUCCCUCAACAAAAUGCCAGAGGGAGAGAUCAAGGUGGAUGAUGCCAAGGUGUCGCCACCCAAGAGGUCUGAGAUGAAGCACUCUAUGGAGUCCCUGAUCCAUCACUUCAAACUGUACACGGAGGGCUACCAGGUGCCACCAGGGACCACGUAUACCGCCAUCGAAGCCCCCAAGGGUGAGUUCGGAGUCUACCUUGUGUCUGAUGGAACAAGCCGCCCGUACCGCUGUAAGAUAAAGGCCCCUGGGUUUGCUCACCUGGCGGGCUUGGAUAUGAUGUCGCAGGGGCACAUGCUUGCAGAUGUCGUUGCCAUCAUUGGAACUCAGGAUAUCGUGUUUGGGGAAGUGGAUCGAUAAUCGGCUGCUCUGGUCUUACCUCUGCUCUAUACGUUUGAUGUGGCCCUUUCAUCCAGAGCUAGAAGCAACGCGUCUUCUUUAUUUAAACUUUUGCGCUUGUAAAACUCAUGAUGAAAAUAAAUACUCUGGUUUCUUAACGGACAAA